GGUUUAGAUCGGUUAAGGAUCUAAGUUGACUCUUGGAUUUUUUUUUUUUUGACCUCUCUCUCUCUCUCUCUCUCGCAAUCGCACCAGACAUCGUCGACGCUUUGACCUCUCGCUCGCUCGCAAUCUCUUCUACUAAGUGAACCGCUCAUAAUUUAGGGUUUCGAGAUUCUUCUCUCGCAAGCUCCUCCUGUACCUAUAUGGUUAGCAACAAUUCUGGCGGAUCAAGUCUCUUAAGUCAUAAAAGCCAUAAGAUUAACUAGUAUAGGCCCAAUGGCGGACAAUACUUCACCUGAAGCUUCUCCUUCUCAGCCACCGCUCUUUCUGGAGGUUUUUUGUGAAGUUUCUGGUAAGGAAUACAGAUUCACGAACGGGACAAAGGCGAACUUUGCUGUCUCUGUGAUCAACAGGAAACUUGGUUCGUUAAAACCUCGUGUAGUUUUCAUCGAAGCAGCAAAGGAAGGUGAAGAGCCCAUCAGUUUUGGGGAUGAUGCUUCUCUUGUCAGUUAUGGACAUGGCUGGAAGUUGAAGACAGUGGUUGAUUCUGAUUUUCCUGGAACUGAGAGAUACAAUCUACCACAGCACUUUCCUUCUGUGAUAUCUAUGGGUUCCACAGAUUCAAAGUACACAAAGCAUUCAAAACCAGAAAUUGGAGAACAAAGUCUCAAAUACAUUGGAAGAAUNGCUAUAUAUUGCUAA